AUGUCUGGUGGUGAUAAACGAAAACUCGACUCACUUGAUUCAUUUGUUACUAUCACGAAAAAGUCGAUCGUCACACCAUCCUCACCCAAACAAACUGAAUCCGAUCAGUCUGCACUUAUCAAUGCUGAAGUUACUGAAACUAUUGAUGUUGAAUUUGAAGAGCCAGAUACUCUCAAUUCUUCUGAUAUUAACCAAAACUUGAAUGUUAUCGAUUCUCAUCCAAGUACUCAUGAAAUUGAUAUCGGUUUUCAAUUAUCAUUACGUACUACUCUUACCAAUGAAACUAAAUACCAAUUACUUACAAAACCAUUUCGACCUGAUAAGAAGUACAAAUUUCCAGAUCAACGUGAAAAAGGUGCAGCACCUCGUCGAUUUAUGGCUACCUGGUUAGACCAGCAUUCAUUUCUCGUCUACUCACCAUAUUAUGAAGGAGCAUAUUGUUCUGGUUGCUCUUUGUUUUCACCUUUGGCUUCAUAUAAAUCUAACGUGCUGUUUGUUAAUUAUCCAUGUUCUCGUUUUGGUCAUCUAAAACAUUUCUCGAAAUAUAUGAAAACUCACCUCAAUUCAAAAAAUCAUAAACUGGGUGAAGAUAUCAUCUCAAUUCGAGAACAUCUCGAUACUGUUGAAGCAUCGUCUGGAUCUAACUUCAUUGCACUUCUGAAACAACGUAUUGAUGCUGGCGAUCAAAUUCUUCAAUCUCAUCUUGAAAACGGAAAUCGUAAUUCAACAUAUACAAGUUCAUCUAUUCAAAACGAGAUUAUUGAACUUAUCCAUGGACACAUUUUGUCAGCUAUUCUCGAUCGUUUGGGUCCUACUACACUCUAUUCAAUCAUAGUCGAUGGUACUACCGAUUCAGCUAACAUCGAACAAUUGUGCUUUCUCAUUCGAUACGUCGAUCAGCAUUCACUUGAAAUUCGCGAAGAUUUUCUUGCCUUUAUACCAACUACUUCGUCAACUGGUGAAGCUAUUGCUGAGCAUAUUUUAUCAUGUUUAAAAAAAUUCGGACUUCCACUUACCAACUGUAUUGGUCAAGCAUAUGAUGGUGCACCCUGUAUGUCUGGUAUUUUUAAUGGAUGUCAAGCCAUCAUUAAACGAUUUUGUCCUGAUGCCGAAUACAUGCAUUGCAGUUCUCACGCCUUAAAUCUUGCUCUUAUUGACUCAAGUUCUUCUCAUUUUAUUCGAAAUAUGUACGGUAUUGUAAAAUCAAUUAUUACCUUCUUCAAUGAUUCACCUAAGCGUUCGAACGCACUCAAAUACGAAAUUGAACGACCAGACAAUGAUUAUUUAGUAUUAAGCAAAAAAAAACGUCUGUUGUCUUUAUGUGAAACUCGAUGGGUGGAACGAAAUGUUGCUAUCGAAACAUUUCUUGAAUUGUACAUUCCAAUUUCAAAUACUCUUGAUACUCUUCGUAUUGGAGGAGAUUCAACUUCACAACAACUUUAUCAUCCAAUUAAUUGUUUCGAAACUAUUAUUUCCACAUGUAUUGCAUGUUUUCUUCUUGGUGAAGUUACUCCACUUAGUCGUCUUUUACAAACUCCAACAAUCGACUUUGGCAUCGCUCAUCAUCACGUUUUAUCAUUACUCAAAACAUUCGACACACGAGAAGCUGAUACGGUUAAUUCUUUCAAAAAUAUUGUCUUUGAACAAGCUAAAGAAAUUGCCAAAGAAUUAUUAAUACAGCCAACAGCACCACGAACAUAUCAACGACGACAUGGUCAAGAUAUCCUUGAUCCAGAAGAAUUUUAUCGCGAUCAAGUAUUUCUUCCUUUUCUUCGUGAAUUAAAAGGAAAUAUCGAAAAACGACUUUCAAUAUUUAAUCAAGUACGUAUACAAAUACUUACUCAAUUACGACCUGAACACAUUACAUCUACAAGCUACUCAAUAACUGAACUAUAUAAAAAAUUAACGGACAAUUUCUUCGAUCGUUUACCACGACCACUACAACUUUUCGGUGAAUUAGAAAGAUGGAGAAAUGAAUGUAUUGGUCUUAUGAACAAGCCAAACUACAUUAACUUAUGGAUGAACGAUUUACUUCUUAAGUGCGAUCCUAUUCUUUAUCCAAAUAUAAAUUAUUUACUUGUGUUUCUUGCUACUCUUCCAGUUACUACUAGCUCGGCUGAACGCGCUUUUAGUUCACUCAAGCGCAUCAAGACUUAUUGUAGAUCAACAAUGGGUAAAAAUCGAUUAAAUGGACUUGCAGCUGCAUCCAUUCACAAAAGUGUGGAGAUUGAUGCUAAUAAAAUUCUCGAUUUAUUCUUAAAAAAACAUCCACGUCGACUUGAUUUUGGAUUAUGA